AAUUUUCAUCGAACUCCACAUUCAAAAUUUUAACUAAAUCUCUGCACAUGUGAUACUGAAAUCGAAAAAAAAAAGGUAAAUGAUUUUUUUAGACUGGAAAGCAGAAGGUUAGAAUGGGAAUUUGACCACUUGGUGGGCUUACCAGGGCCAGCACCGCAGAGGAUAGAAACUCGGAAACGGUCUCCUCCAUGGAUAGGGUUGACACGUCAGCCCAUUGGUUGGGACGAGCCGCCGCCUCGCGCCCCAAGAAAGAAGGAAACCCUAAACAAAACGAAGCGAUCCACAUCUCCUAAUCCAAAACCUCCACGUGUCAGUCAUCUCUAUUCUCUCCCUCCCUUCUUUAUCUCUUUACUCAGUCCUCUCCCCCCCGCCAUCUCCCGGUUUCCCUUCUCCAUCGGAGCCCUAUUUUGUACCGGAUUUCUCCAUAGUUCCUCCGGUGAAUGUUGUCCCUUCACCUGGAAAUGGUGGAUCGGAACCUCGCCGUUCACGUGCCGUCGACCAAGACCUGGUUCCACAAGAGGAAAAAACCUCUCAAUUGAAUUCCAUCCAUUGUCCAACAUCUCGUUCUCCUCUUCGAAUUCUGUAUUAUAAUCCGAAAACAACAACUGUACAGCUUCCCUUUCACAUGUUUUCUCUCCAUAGAUUCGGUUGUCGACGAAAGAAGUGGCGCCGGAGAUUUGAAUUCUGAAGAGAAAAAGCUUCGAAUUCUGGAUUGUUAGUGUUUCGGUUUGUUUUUCUGUUGAUUCUGUGAAGGCUCGUAGAAGGUGGCGAAGAUGAAUCUGGGCGCGGCGGAGGAAGAAUCGCCGCAGGAGAUUCACAUCCCGGCCGAAAUCGAAUGGCAAAUGCUUGACAAAUCCAAAUUCUUCUUUCUCGGUGCUGCGCUGUUUUCAGGUGUUUCGGCGUCUCUUUACCCUAUGGUGGUGUUGAAGACUCGGCAGCAGGUAGCUCAUUCGCAGCUCUCGUGCCUCAGAACUGCAUUCUCGCUCGUCCGGCUCGAGGGUUUUCGAGCUCUGUACAGAGGAUUUGGGACUUCUCUAAUGGGGACCAUCCCUGCUAGAGCUCUCUAUAUGGGCGCUCUUGAGGUUACCAAGAGUUAUGUGGGAACUGCUACUGUUCGAGUGGGAUUUCCAGAGGCCACUGCGGCUACAAUGGCUAACGCAGCUGCUGGAUUGAGUGCUGCAAUGGCUGCUCAGCUUGUGUGGACUCCUGUUGAUGUUGUGAGCCAGAGAUUAAUGGUUCAGGGCAGGUAUAAUCCUACUGCUCCGAAUGCUGCCUCCUCCGCUCAUUACAUCAAUGGGAUCGAUGCGUUUCGGAAAAUACUCAACACCGAUGGUCUCCGAGGCCUCUACCGCGGUUUCGGGAUAUCGAUUUUGACUUACGCACCCUCAAAUGCGGUGUGGUGGGCUUCGUAUUAUGUAGCGCAGCGCCUGGUUUGGGGUGGGAUUGGGUGCUACUAUGCUAAGAAAGUUGAUGAAGGCAAUGACAAUGGGGCUAACAUUUACAAACCUGAUUCAAAGACAGUGAUCGCAGUUCAGGGUGCAAGCGCAGCCAUGGCGGGUAGUAUCUCGGCUUUGAUUACAAUGCCUCUCGAUACAAUCAAGACGAGGUUGCAAGUUUUGGACGGGGACGAAAAUGGUAGACGAGGGCCAACCAUUGGACAGACUUUGAGAAAUUUGGUAAGAGAAGGCGGGUGGACGGCGUGUUACCGAGGUUUGGGGCCUCGGUGCGCUUCCAUGUCCAUGUCUGCAACAACAAUGAUCACCACAUAUGAGUUUCUCAAACGGCUAUCAACCAAGAAUCAAGAGGGUUUAACAAGCUAAAACAGCAGAAAGAUGAGUUUUCAUGGAGUCUAAAUGCUGAAGAAUAUGAUAUCUUUUCUGAAACUGUUUCUUAUUCUCUUUUAGGAUUUCUUCUUUUCUUUUCUAUCAAUCUACCUUGUUGAUAUAAUGUAAGGCAUCGCAAUGUUCAGAUAUAAAAUGUACAGAAAUAAUUACUUCCUGUAAACCUAGUAGCCUCCUUUUCUUCUUCAUAUAUUUUAACAUGAAGUUUGAGCUUUGUUUCAAA